AUGCCAAAAAGUAACAAAAAAUCCACUAUUCCCAAGAAACAAGAACAAGAACAACCUCAAGAUGAUAAAUCAAAAAAGAAACGACGUCAUUCCGAAGUUGAUACAGAUUUAGUUGACCAAGUUCAAACUCCUCGCGAUCAAUCAAAAAAGAAACGACGACAUGUAGAUACUGAUGACGAAACCGAUGAGAAUCAACCACCACAACACCAGUCUCCGAGACAACAUAUACCAGUUCAACCACCAUCUCCACGACCAUUAUCAUCAGAAUCGUCUGAUUCAGAAAGCGAUAAUGAUUUGCUUGAUCGAAUUCUUAUGUCACAUUUUCUUGUUGGUGAACAACAGCAACCAGACGUUUCUACUCGUUUGAUGUCAAAAACGGCAACACAAUGGUAUACAAUUUCCGAAAAGGAAUUAAUGAAACGAAUUCCUCCAGAAUGUUUUGGUACAGAUUAUACAGGUUAUUGUGAAAUAGAAGUUAUUGAAAAUAAUUUAAAAGCAUUAAAUGUGAUAUUAAAACCUGAUAAUUAUCCUGUGGAUUAUAUUCGAGCAUUUCGUCGUUUAGAAGGUUUGCAAGAAUUUUUGAAAUUAUGUGAUAAUUUUGACACAAUUCAAAAUGGUAAAGAAAGAUGUAAAUCAUUGGUACAUUUACUGGCAACUUGUUGGUUUAAUGUUUUGUACGGUUUACUACCGAAAUGUAUAUUACCCAUGAAACGUGAUGAUCGACAGCUAGUGGUAAAUAGUCAUUUCUCAUUAGAUGAUAUAGAAAAAUUACAUUUUCUUAAUAAAGAAAUUCCUAAUUUCGGUCAAGUUUUGGAAGAAGCUUGUGCUUAUGGUAAAAAACUAACUCAUGAUUCGAAAAGAUUUAGUCAGUAUAUGGUCGUUUUACAUUAUUUACUAAAAACAUGGAACUUAUUGGGAGAGAAUGUUAUCGAUAGAAGGCGAACAACAUUAACAACAACUUCAUAUAUAGAAAUACCAACUUCAGUUGUUUUGUAUUCACGAUUAAUUGCACAAUAUUUUUCAACAUUGACUGACGAAGAUCUGGACUAUAUCAAAGCAUGUGAUAAAUAUGAAGAAAAAUAUAAUGGUCUCGGUGGACAGAAGUAUGAUUUAAGUAUAUUGCAAAUGUGGGAGUUUGAGAUGAAUAUUGUCUUUUGGAUUAUUCUUGUUAUCUCAAACAUAAGUGUAACAUUUUUGAAUGCAAAUGAUUAUUCAGAAUUUUCUAUCAUAGACCAAAAACAUUUGUCAAAUUAUUUACAAUCUUCAACAUUAUGUGUUCUUAUUUUGGUUAAUAAAAUAUGUAAUGAUGAAAUUUGUGAGAAACAAAAAGUUGAACUUAACCAAAUACGUAAUCAAUGUGAAGAAAAUGGAAUUAAAUUUCUAUUAUCGUCUGAUACGACUUUAGCUGAACAAUAUAAUAUUUAUGGUGGUUUACCGAAAGUAAUACUUUUUCAUGAAAAAUAUCCAUUACUUUAUCAAGGAAAUAUUAUAGCGGAGUCGGUAAAUGAAUGGCUGUUUGAAUCACGUGAACGAUUAACACGCACAUUAGACGAUAAGUCUUUCGAACAUGAUACACAAGCAUCGACCGGUUCUACUACUGGUGAUUGGCUCAUUUUAUUCAAAAAAAAUGAUAGUAAAUCCAUUGAAAGUUUAAUUAUGGCGUUUGAAGCAGCAUCUUUCCACUUUCGUAACCGUGCUAUUUUGGCUUAUGUUGAUUUUGAUUUAAAUCCAUUAAUUCAAAAACGAUUUCAUUUGUUUACUUCUCCGACAGUUUUAUUAUUUAAAAGAGGAAAAAUGUAUCGUUUUGAAAGUGCAGCGUGGAAUAAGAAGACAUUAAUUGAAUUUAUUGAAAACGGUUAUCUACAAGUCAAACCCGAACUUAUACCAGAAGAACAAAGCGCCUUUUCAUCCUUAUACGAAAACAUAUCAAAAUACUUUACAAUUACAUUAGUUAUUAUUCCUAUGCUCAUACUCGCUGUUGUACUCAUAGUUUUGAUAUGUUUUGUUCCGAAAAAAAAGCAACGUAAUCAACCAUCCACAUUUCAAGUUAAAAUCGAUUAA